GUAGUGAGCAACGGCCACACUGUCAAAUCCCUGUGAAUCAUUGUUUUGUGUUUAAAACUAGAAAAUAUUUGAGCCAGAAACAAAUUACGAGAUGCAGGAACAAAGUCCCGAGCUGUACGAGGAGGUGAAGCUCUUCCGUAACGCCCGCGAGCGCGAGAAGUACGACAACAUGGCCGAUCUAUACGCAAUCAUCAACACCAUCCAGCAGCUGGAGAAGGCCUACAUCCGCGACUGCAUUACGCCGCAGGAAUACACGGCCGCCUGCUCCAAAUACCUGGUGCAGUACAAGGUGGCCUUUAAGCAGGUGCAGUGCGACGAAUUCCCCUCGGUGGAGACGUUCGUUAAGAAAUUCCGGCUGGACUGCCCUGCUGCGCUGGAGCGGAUCCGCGAGGACCGACCCAUCACCAUACGCGACGAUAAGGGCAACACCUCCAAAUGCAUCGCCGAGAUCGUGUCGCUGUUCAUCACAAUCAUGGACAAGCUACGCCUGCAGAUCAACACCAUGGACGCCCUACAGCCGGACGUCAAAGACCUGGCUGACAACAUGAAUCGCCUGUCCCUCAUUCCCGAGGACUUCGACGCCAAGCUGAAGGUGGAGAAGUGGCUGGGCAGCCUGAACGAGAUGCAGGCCUCCGACGAGUUGAGCGAGGGCCAGGUCCGCCAGUUCCUCUUCGACCUGGAGUCGGCGUACGCGGACUUCAACAAGCUGCUGCACAGCCAGUAGCUAUCAGUUUCUCAUUGUUUACGUGUAUCCCUAAAUUUAUAUAGCAUGUUCCGAUAUUAAACAAGUUUGAUAUAUCACCUUACUUUUAGCGCAGACUAAAAAAAUUAGUUUUCAAACUAAGGGGGUAUGUUUUUGAACUAAAACAAAAAAUGUUUUCAUUCGCUAACAUUUAACAACAUCCCACAAUAGAGUAACUAUUGGAAGCAGGACUUCUUCAAGUGACGUUAGUUAAGAUACUAAUAAAAGGUGCAUCUUCAAUCUUCAUGGAUCAGUAUUUUGACGCAUAUAGGAAAACAUAGGACUGCUUGCUAUUAAAUAAUAGGUUAAAAAUUAAAUUUUGAGUUAUAGCAAGACUGUAGAAAGUCUUCCAUUAAGUUUGCUUAUAUGCUAGCAACUUUUGAAUCAUGUAAAAUAAAAUAAUUAACCCAGAAAUAGUUUUUUUGCCCGGU